CGAAGCUGAAGGCUGCCAAUUUAUCCUCGCCACUAAUUAUCUCCAGCCGUGACUGAAAGGUGGUUUUACGCGCAGAUUGAAAGGGAGCGGUGGAAGGACAGCAGUCUGUUGCGAUGAAAACAAAGUGGCGUUUCUAUAUUUUGUGGAGUGUUUUAUCACUUGGCCUCCUCAGCUGUGCAGUGGACACUUAUGAAUCUCCAUUUACUAGAAGGAAAAAGGUUUUCAAACUGGGUACGCCAAAAUCCAAACCAAUUAAACUGUCGACAACAGAAGACAGGAAAUCUGCCAGCACUUCUCCAUCUCAUCUCAGUUCCCAAAGGCCCGACCCUCCUCCGACACCUGGAGAACAUCGAUCCAAGCGACAAGAUAAGCCCGAGGCAAAGCUCCAGUCGGACUUUGCUUACCUCCCAGACGUUUCUGUAACCUGCUCCACGUCUGACUUUGUCGUGAGGGUCAAACCAUCUUUCUACGGUCUGGGCGCAGAUGCAACGGAGCUGAAAUUAGGAAGCACCUGCAGAAGCAACGGGGUUCUCAGACCGUACGGCGACCUGCUUUUCACGUAUCCUCUGACAGCGUGUGAUGCCGUGCGUCAGUCACCAGACGGGUAUCUUGUCUACAAAUUCGUGCUUCAUCAUGAGCCUUCGCCAAAACGUUUCCCAAGCAGAGCGCACCGGAUCGAUGUCGACAUUGAAUGCCGAUAUCAAAGGAACCAUCAUGUGUACCAACUGACUGUGCUGCCUAUCUGGAAGACUGCUGUUGUGCGUAAAAGGCUGAAAGGAGGUCCGAAUGACUUCCAGAUCGAGUUGAUGGACGAUUCAUGGAGCAGACCGGCCAAGUCCCAGGUGUACCAGCUUGGAAAGACUGUUAAUUUCCAGGUCUCUGCUCUUCAUCAUCCAACUGGUGGGAAACUGUACAUCAAUAGCUGCUAUGCUACACCAUCCAGUGGCUCUAAAUCAUCCCUCAAAUACACUAUCAUUGACAAUUUUGGCUGUAUGCUGGACAGCAAGAGAGACCCAGGGGCCUCUCAGUUCAUCUCUCGGACAGACAAGACGCUGAGAUUCUCCCUAGAGGCUUUCCAGUUCACUUCUGACCCUGACAUGGAGGUCAGUAUUCACUGCAGAUUGUUUGUCACAUCUGAGGACCCAGGUCCUUCACACAAAUCAUGCACCUACAGAGGAAACAGGUGGAAGGCCCUUACUGGUGAUGACUCCAUUUGUAAAUGCUGUGAUUCACAAUGUGUGACCUCUAAACCCCGGAGGGCCAUGAUGGAAGGCUCUGCCAGCAGUGGGUCAUUGCUGGUCUCUAAUCAGCCGUACACAGCAGAAGAUGGCUUUCUACCAGUCAGUUCCUCCUCAGUCAGCAUGAGCAGAGAAGGCGAGGCCACAAUCAAUCAUUACAUUGAUGAGCUGCACAGUCAUGAGAACCGGUGGGAAAGUGCAGAUGUAGUAAAAUAUGAUGAUGCUGAUGAAGAAGAGCAAGUCUACACAGAUGAUGAAGAGGAGGAGGAAGAGCUUGAUGAAGAAGGAAGUGGGGUUAUCCUUGGGGUGAUAGCAGAACCUGAUUUAGAUGAGUUAGGUUUUAGGGAGAGGGUCUUAGUGGAGGAGAAACAGUCUGAAGUGACUGAUUCAGAUCAGUUCAAAGAGGAUCAGUCUAGGUAUACAGUACAAGAGCAUUUUACAGAGAGUGAAAAAGAAGAGGAGAGAUUUGAAGGAAGAGAUGAGAUCUCUGAAGUACAGCAGGCAAUCCAUUUGAAUCAGAAGGAAGGUAAAGUGUUGCGUCACUGGGUGCAGUUGGGGCCAAUGUUACCAUCAGAAGUCAGUUUACAGGGGGAGUUACAGCCACUGGUCUCUGAAGGUGAAGAAGAAAACAGGAAACAUACGGGUAGCAGUGAAGAGGUUGACAGGAUGAUAGCCUCUGAGGUGGAGUGGAAGAAGGAUGAUGGUCUGGCAGACUUAGUAGAUGAUAAGGAGAUGACCUGGUAUUUCACAUGGCGGUAGUAUUAGUUUAAUGAAUCGAUCAGUACUCUGCUUAAAGACUGUUGUAACUCUCCAUAUCAGGAUAUUCUGACUCAUUUCAAUAAAAACAUGAAAAUGCA